AUGUUUAAUGGGGUAGUUCCAAAUUUCUUCAGAGUCACGUGGUGGCUGUGUUUACUACAUUGUAAUUGUAUGGCCCCAUUGAUUUCACUCUUAAAUUCGAAUGUCAAAAUGGGCAGGCAUUGUGCUGUGUUUGGUUGUUAUAAUAACGACAUAAAAAUAAACAAGAACGAAUAUAGAUCUAUAUCUUUUCAUUGCUUCCCAAUUAAUAAUCCAGAAAUUCUUAAUCAGUGGUACCCAAAAAUUAAGAGAGUUGCUUUUAAAGCUACAAUACACAGCCGCAUAUGUUCAGAACACUUCAAUGAAGAGGAUUUUCAAUAUCAACCAUUUACCAAUCGUCGACAGUUAAAAAGAAAUGCAAUUCCCUCCAAAUUUUACUUAAAUAACAGUAAAAGAGGUUGUAAGAAAAUUGGAACAUCAGAUGUUUUCAGUGCAUCUGCCAUAGAUGUUUAUGAAAAAGAAAAGAAGUUUGUUUCUAUGCAGGCACCAGAGCAUAAGAACAUUCAAGACAUUUCUGAGCUUAACCUUACAAAUCAGUUGGAGAAACAGUUAGUAAAGCUAGAGAAAGAAGAAGCUACUGACAGUGAUGAAUAUACUAGAAAUAUCAAUGUUAACACAGAACAGUGUGUUCCUAAAAAUAACUGUAAGAUACCAGUCUCUAGUCAAAUUGAUCAGUCUAAAGACAAGACUUUCAAGAAAUUUGAAUGUCAGAUAUGCCAGAAAGUAUUUUCUUCCUCUUCUAGAUGUAGCAGACACAAGGUGACUCAUACUAAAGAGAAACCUUUUCAUUGUCUUACAACUCAGAAAGUAUUUUCUAGAUCAUCCAAUGUGAAAACACAGCAGAGGAUUCACUUAGCUAAAAAAACAUUCAAAUGUGCAAUAUGUCAGAAAGAUUUCUCUUUCUCACCCAAUUUAAUGAAACACCAGAAGGUUCAUGCUGAUGAAAGAACUUUCAAGUGUCCAAUUUGUCAGAAAGGAUUUUCUACCUCUUCAUAUUUAACAAGACAUCAAAUGCUCCAUGCUGAUGAACUGCCAUUCAGAUGUGAUACAUGUCUAGGAGCAUUUCCUUAUCCUACAGAAUUAAAGAAACACUCGUUGGUUCCUAAGAGUGAUGAAGGAUUCAAUGGAAAUAUUUGUCUUCAAGUUUUCUCUUCCUCUUCUAAGUUAAAUCAACACAAGAUUUGCCGUACUGAGAAAAAGUCAUUUCCAUGUGAAGCAUGUCAUCAAGACUUGUGUUUCCCUUCAGGAUUCAAAAAGCAUUUAGUGGCUUGUAGUGGUAAAAAAACUAUCAAGUGUCCAGUUUGUCAAACAAUGCAUUCAAACUGUGCAAAUUUAAAAAGUCAUCCGAAGACUCACAAAAGGAAAAAACUUUUCAAAUGUCAAAGAUGUCAGAAAACUUUUGUUUCUUCUUCAGGUUUAGAAAGACAUCAAAGGCUUCAUCCUGUUCACAUGCCAUUAUAUGUUAGCCCCACAUUAUUUCAGAGACAUGGACAUCACCAUUCUAGUCCCGUGUUUGAGAGACAAUUCAAAUGUUGUUUGUGUAAUGUUGUGUUUAUGUGGAGAAGAAAACUAGAACAACACUUACAUGCUCACAGUCAAGGAAAUAUUUGGCUAUGUCUUCUUUGCAACAUGAAUUUUACAGACAUCCAUCUAAUAGAAGAGCACAUAAUGACUCACAUUCAAGGAAUGUCAGUGUGACCUUAUUGCCAUCCUCUUUAGCUCAACUUGUUCAGAGUUACUGGUAUCCUCUGUCCUAUUGUGUUCAUUGAGAUUAAUCUAUCUGCCUGGUCAUUGCAUCCUUGUAAGCCUUAUACUGUCCUUACAAUAAUAUGUUCAUUGAAAACAAAAAAAAGACUCAGGCUCUUGAAUGUUAAUCACUCUUGGGACUUAAUAUUUUAGAUAACAGAUUGUAAUGGUGUUUGCAAAGUAGGCCUAUGCUAAACUUGUUAUUUAAUUUAUAUAAUGAAUGAAGGAAAGCUAAAAAGGUUGCAUAUUUCUGUAGUUAACACUGGGUGUCAUGGGACCUUUGCAGUGACCACCUUCAAACACUGGGUGUCAUGGAACCUUUGCAGUGACCACAUUCAAACACUGGGUGUCAUGGGACCUUUGCAGUGACCACCUUCAAACACUGGGUGUCAUGGGCCCUUUGCAGUGACCACCUUCAAACACUGGGUGUCAUGGGACCUUUGCAGUGACCACCUUGAAAGUACAACAUAAACAUUUGUAAUGUUUUAAUGAUUAGAAUUGAUAUUGUUGUCCUUCACUCAUACUGUCAUUGUGUUUUGAUAAGUAAUAGAUGUGUAUUUUUUUAUUUCAAAAUCUUGACCUACAAAGAUCUAAAAAUAUUUAUCAACUGCAUAUUUCUCAGUCCUAAUGCAUUUGUAGAGAUCUAACAUUGUCAUUUUUAAAAUUCAUUUGACCAGACUUAUUGUACCUGUAUUCACAUAUUAAUAUGCUUGUUUCUCUUUAGAACAAAAUGUUUCUUGUUAUAUUUGUACCUUGCAAUCAUAUAUAAUAAAUUAAUAA